CAGAUAUAUGCUUAAUGCGAGUAAUGUAUUAUCUUAGCACUGUGAACGAAGGAAGCGCUUGAAUGGAGAUAUCAUCAUUAUCAGCAGUUAGUUUUGGUAUGCCUUUUCGGCAUUCAUCAUCAUCAUCAUCAUCAUCAUCAUCAUCAAUUUCUGCUUCUUCUUCAACAACUCAUUUUCCAUCAAGAACAAGAAAAUCACCAAAACUCCAACUUCAACACGCUUCUGAUUUGACUUCUACUCUUACAAGCGUGGGACAGUUGUUAACAAUGAAAGACCUCAAUGCUACUUUACACCACUUUGCUAAUUCAAACAAAUUUAACCAUGUUUCUCAGCUUUUUUUAUGGAUGCAAGAGAACAAGAAGCUUGAUGUAUAUUCUUAUUCCCAUUAUAUAAAGUUCAUGGCCAAUAAACUUGAUGCUUCCACGAUGCUAAAGCUGUACAACGACAUUCAAGUUGAAUCGGCCAAGGACAAUGUCUAUGUAUGUAAUUCUGUUCUCAGUUGUCUUAUCAAGAAAGGCAAGUUUGAUACCACCAUGAAACUCUUUCGGCAGAUGAAACAUGAUGGUCUAGUUCCGGAUCUUGUUACCUAUAGCACCCUUAUUGCAGGUUGCGUUAAAGUAAAAGAUGGAUAUCCUAAGGCACUGGAGCUAAUUCAGGAACUGCAAGACAAUAAACUGCGAAUGGACGAUGUAAUUUAUGGAGCAAUUCUGGCAGUGUGUGCUUCUAAUGGUAAAUGGGAAGAAGCAGAAUACUAUUUUAACCAGAUGAAGAGUGAAGGUCGUUCACCAAAUGUUUACCACUAUAGCUCUUUGCUCAAUGCUUACUCAGCAUGUGGAGACUUCACAAAAGCUGAUGCGCUGAUUCAAGAUAUGGAAUCCGAAGGUUUAGCACCAAACAAGGUCAUUUUGACAACCUUGCUGAAGGUAUAUGUCAGAGGAGGUUUGUUUGAGAAGUCAAGAGAAUUACUAGCCAAACUCGAAUCCUUGGGCUAUGCUGAAGAUGAGAUGCCAUACUGUGUAUUGAUGGAUGGCCUAGCUAAGGCAAGACAAACGCAUGAAGCCAAAAUAAUUUUUGAUGAAAUGAUGAAAAAACAUGUCAUGUCUGAUGGCUAUGCACACAGUAUUAUAAUAUCAGCAUUUUGCCGAGCCAAGCUUUUUCAGGAGGCAAAGCAGUUGGCCAAGGAUUUUCAAACUACCUUUGACAAAUAUGACGUAGUUAUAAUGAAUUCAAUGCUCUGUGCUUUUUGCAGAGCAGGUGAAAUGGAAAGUGUGAUGGAAACUCUAAGAAAGAUGGAUGAAUUGGCAAUCAGUCCUGAUUACAAUACCUUCAAUAUUCUAAUCAAAUACUUCUGUAGGAAAAACAUGUAUCUAUUAGCUUAUCGAACCACGAUGGACAUGCAUAGUAAAGGCUAUCAACCAGCGGAGGAGCUCUGUUCUUCUUUAAUAUACCAUCUUGGUCAGGAAAAUGCUUCUUCAGAGGCAUUUUCUCUUUACAAUAUGCUGAGAUAUAGCAAGAGAACAAUAGGCAAAGCACUUCAUGAGAAGAUUCUGCAUAUUCUCCUAGCAGGAAAGCUUUUGAAAGAUGCGUAUGUAGUAUUCAAGGAUAAUGCUACAUCUAUAUCUGGCCCCACUACCAAAAAAUUUGCAAGUGCAUUUAUGAAGUCAGGUAACAUCAACUUGAUCAAUGAUGUUAUGAAGACACUCCAUAAUUGUGGCUACAAGAUUGAUCAGGGUUUAUUUGAGAUGGCUGUAUCACGCUAUUUAGGUCAGCCUGAAAAGAAAGACUUGCUUCUACACUUACUACAAUGGAUGCCAGGUCAAGGUUACGUGAUUAAUCCAUCAACAAGAAACCUAAUCCUCAAGAAUUCACACUUAUUUGGUCGUCAGCUCAUUGCUGAAGUUUUGUCCAAGCAACGAGUUAAGUUAAACGCCCAAAAAUCUAACUAGAUAAAGCAUGCAAAAUUUUGUAUUAGAUUACAUAAUGCUAGCCUUCGUUUGUACUGAUAAUUUGAUCCUCUUUGGUUCACAAGAUCUCUAGUACCAUGCACCAAACAUUGCUUCACUCAUUUUUUCCCUUAGCAUUUUUAAGUUGUGGUAGAUAACCCUUGUAGGCCUAAAUUCUCAUGGUAGGGAUUCUCUAGUGUAUAUAGAACAGAUGUAAAUGUAUCAUCUCAAAUAAAUCAUUACUUUUUUGUGUAGUCGUCAAUAACCUCUCCUGGUUUGCAAAGUGAAACUUACUUCAAAUACUUAUGUUGAAAUUCAGUUGUACGUGGUUAUUGGUUAGUUCUACAAUGACAAGAAAUUGAUUGAAUGAAGGAUAUAAGGGAUGGAUGAUCAACAUAUACCUUAAGGUUUAUAGUGGAAAUUUGAUGUCUUAAUCUUGAGUGGUUGUGGUCAUUCUCCCUAUAACACAACUUAUUACUUGUAA